AUGGAAAAGCACCAGUGUAAGAAGCAGCCGUUGGCACCACACAGGAAUUUUUUUGGAGUACCUCUUCUGAUACCAUGCUGCCUCUCUGGAGAGUUACCAGAGCUUUAUAUUUUAACGUUGCAGAGACCACAAAAAAGUUCCAUAUGCAGAGGAGAUUCACAGCCCGGGAUGGACCUCAGUAACCCUCAGGAACAGCCCGUAGCUGCAGAGGAACAAGAGGAUUUGACAGACUGUAAUCUGAACAAAUCCCAGGAAAUGGAAAGCAUGGAUAAUGUGGAAGAUAUGAAGGAACACAAUCAGUCUAAUGAAGAAGCAGGAGAUGAUGUGAUUCAAGUGAAAGGUGAAUACAAUGAAAGGGAGGAGAAUGCUUUAAAUUCCGAGCCAAUGGAAAACCUGGAAGAAUCUGAACUGCCUUACACAUAUCCCAGAGAAUAUAACGAAUAUGAGAGCAUUAAACUGGAAAGACACUCGGGUUCAUAUGACAACGUCAGGCCAGCUAGUGGAAAGAUGAAUUGUGAUAUCUGUGGAUUAGCCUGCAUUAGCCUCAAUGUCUUGAUGGUUCAUAAGCGUAGCCACACUGGUGAACGGCCAUUCCAGUGUAAUCAGUGCGGAGCUUCCUUUACUCAGAAGGGAAACCUCCUCCGCCACAUUAAACUACACACAGGGGAAAAACCUUUUAAGUGUCACCUGUGCAGUUAUGCCUGCCAGAGGAGGGAUGCGCUUACGGGUCACUUAAGGACACAUUCUGUGGAGAAGCCAUAUAAAUGUGAGUUUUGUGGAAGGAGCUACAAGCAGAGGAGCUCAUUAGAGGAGCACAAGGAGCGGUGCCGGACUUACCUGCAGAAUGCUGGCAUGUGUGAGGCUGCCAGCGUGGAGGCAAGGCACAUCAAGGCAGAGAUGGGGACUGAAAGAGCCCUUGUGCUGGACAGGCUAGCGAGCAACGUGGCAAAGAGAAAAAGCUCAAUGCCUCAGAAAUUUAUUGGUGAGAAACGCCCCAGCUUCGAUGUCAAUUACAACUCCAGUUUCCUGUACGAGAAGGAGAGCGAGAUGAUGCACGGGCGCAUGAUGGACCAGGCCAUCAACAACGCCAUCACCUACCUGGGGGCCGAGGCCCUGCGCCCGCUCGUGCAGACCCCGCCAGCACCCACGGCCGAGAUGGUGCCGGUCAUCAGCAGCCUGUACCCGCUGCCGCUGCCCCGCGCCGCCGACGUCCCCAGUGUCCCCAACGGCACUGAGCCCGACAAGAGCCACCUCAGGGACAAGAGCCUGUCAUCCGACAGGGGCCUUUCCCCCAACAACAGCGGCCACGACUCCACAGACACUGACAGCAACCACGAGGAGAGGCCCAACCCCGCCUUCCACCAGAGCCAGGUGAUGGCGGCAGCUCCCGCCCGCAACGGCCUCCAGGCCCUGAAGGAUUUCCCGAGGCCCUACGAGAUCAUCAAGCCUCCGGCCAUCUGCCCCCGCGACGCCUUCAAGGUCAUCAACAAGGAAGGGGAGGCCAUCGGGGUGUACAGGUGCGACCACUGCCGCGUGCUCUUCCUGGAUUACGUGAUGUUCACCAUCCACAUGGGCUGCCACGGCUUCCGCGACCCCUUCGAGUGCAACGUCUGCGGCUACCGCAGCCACGACCGCUACGAGUUCUCCUCGCACAUAGCUCGGGGAGAGCACAGAGUGGUGCUCAAGUGAAAGGACCUCUUCUGCCAAGGUCAAAGGAUGUGUUUUCUGUCAAAGGAGAGGCUUGGUUGGUUGGGGGUUUAAUUAGUGUAAUGAAAUUUUU